UUAACUCUGCUGCAGCCUCAGAGCGAGACAGACAAACUCAGGCCCAGAAUAUAGAAAAAUUAUUGAAAAAUUUUGAAAAAAUAAUAAAACAACAGAUCGAGGGGAGAAAGACCGUGAAAGGUGGCGUGGGGUCUCCCACCGUAGGUUUGCGAAAAGUCGGUGAUGGAAUGUUACCGGGGUUCCAUGAGAAAUUGACUAAUGCGGCGCUGGAAACUUUUUGGGGAAUAAAGAUGCAGAGCAGCAUUUCCUACUCACCUCCAACCAUAGCCGUUGGGACUGGGUGAGAGAAAGAGAGAGAGAGAGAGAGGGUGAGAGAAAGAGAGAGGGAGAGAGAGAGAGAGAGAGGGAGAGAAAGAGAGAGAGAGAGAGAGAGAGGGAGAGCAGGAGAGAGGGAUAGCGAGAAAGAGAGAGGGAGAGGGAGAGAGAAAGAGAGAGGGAGAGAGAGAGAGAGAGAAAGAGAGAGAGAGAGAAAGAGAGAGAGAGAGAGAGAGAGAGAGAGAGAGAGAGAGAGAGAGAGAGAGAGAGAGGGAGAAAAAGGAGCUCCACAGACAGAAGGACCAGUUCUCACAUAGUAAACAAGUACACAAAUACAUGUGUUUUUCAGCAGACAUUGACAACAACAGCACUAUCUAGACCUUAGCCCCUCCCCACGGCCUACCCGCCCCGCCUGGAGCCACGCCCUUCACUGCAACCAACCACUGCCCACGUAGAGCCUGGAAGGCAGGGGAGCCACGGCCGGGAUUUCAUGGCAACAGCACCCUAGGGCUGCCAUGGCAGCUGCUGCCGCGGAUGCCUCACGCCAUAUUACCGCACUGACGCCGGAGGACGAGGAAGGAAGAGCCGCUGCCAAGCUGUACGGAGGCACUACCCUGCCACGGACAGAGAGAGAGAGAGAACGAGAGAGGGAAGAGCGAGCCAGUGGGAACGAGUGUUUGGUGUGUGGGACUUGGUUUGGUUCCCAGGAUAAACUUCGUCUUCACUCUUUCUGUCACACGGGAGAGAAACCAUUCCACUGCUCCCAGCCACACUGCCCUAAGGCCUUCAGCUCCAAAUAUAAACUGUUCAGGCAUAUGGCCACACACUCUCCGCAGAAAACUCACCAGUGCUCGUUCUGCGAGAAAAUGUUUCACCGCAAAGAUCACCUGAAGAACCACCUGCAGACCCAUGACCCCAACAAAGAGGCCUUCAAGUGUGAGGAAUGUGGCAAGCACUACAACACCAAGCUGGGCUACAAGCGUCAUGUGGCCAUGCAUUCAGCCACGGCUGGGGACCUCACCUGUAAGGUGUGCCUGCAGAGCUACGAGAAUACCCCUGCCCUGAUGGAGCAUCUCAAGAGCCACUCGGGCAAGUCCUCCGGAGGUGCCAAGGAGAAGAAGCAUCCGUGUGACCACUGUGACCGCCGCUUCUACACACGGAAGGACGUGCGUCGCCACAUGGUGGUCCACACCGGCAGAAAGGACUUCCUGUGUCAGUACUGCGCCCAGCGCUUCGGCAGGAAGGACCACCUGACGCGGCAUGUGAAGAAGAGCCACUCUCAGGAGCUGCUGAAGAUAAAGACUGAGCCUCUGGACAUGCAAGGCAUGCUGGGCUCUGGCUCCUCCCCCUGCACUGUCAAAGAGGAGCUCAGCCCCAUGAUGUGCAGCAUGGGUUCCAACAAAGACCCCAUGCUGGCCAAGCCGUUCCCCAGUGGCACCUCCUUCCCCAUGAACAUGUACAACCCCCACCACCUCCAAGCCAUGUCCAACCCUGGGGUGGGCCACCACCACUCUCUGAUGCCUGGCUCCUUGUCCACUGCCAUGGGGAUGGGCUGCCACGUGGAGCCACCCAUCCAUCACCCCCAUCACCCGCACCACCAUCACCACCACCACUACCAUCACCACCACAUCCAACACUCCCCCCCGCUGCCCCACUUGCAGCAGCCCCAACAGCACCAGCAGCAACAGCACGCCCAGCCUCCACCUAAGUACCAGCUGGGAUCUACCUCAUACCUGCUGGACAAGCCCCUCAAAGUGGAGAUGGAGAGCUUUCUCAUGGAUCUGCAGAGUGGGCUGCCGGGCCACCACUCAGGCGAUCAUCAUCAUGCUGCUGCCUCGCCCCCCAAGGAGGGACUAGAGCACCCCUCAGGCCUGACAGACGAGCUGUGUGGUGACCCCCUCCUGUCCAAGAGCCCUGCUGUCAUCGCUGAGGCUCUGUGCGCUGCUAACAUGGACAUCUCUCACCUACUGGGCUUCCUGCCCCUCAACCUGCCCCACAACCUGCCCCCCUACAACGCCUCCAUGAGCACAGCAGGGCUUGUCAUGAGCUACACCUCGUCUACCCCUGCGUCCUCCUCUUCCUCCUCUUCGUCAUCCUCAUCCUUGCAUGCUGCCGAGCCCCACGCCGUUGCCACGGCUGCAGCAGCACCUCUUACCUCUUUGCAACCUCAACCUCAGGAGCAGCAUGGCUCCAGCGAGGGCCUGGGUCUAGGGCCCCUGCACCCUCUCCCGCCAGUGUUUAGCUCCAGCCUCAGCACGACCACCCUGCCUCGCUUUCACCAGGCCUUCCAAUGAGGGGUCACCAGGCCACCAUGAGGGGCCACCAGGUCCCUACGCCUUCAUCCUCAGCUCACUGCCUGGGCGCCCAAGGUCCAUGGGGCCUGCUGGCCGCAAGGGCAGUGAUAAAAACACAUGAACACUUAGAAGCCUUAAUCGAAUCACACAAAAGCUUUUGAUUGAGCCCUAGAGAAAACUGAACCCUUUAUUGAAACAAAAGGGAAAAGAUGAGACAUUUUAAAACAAUCUUUCUUUCUAUCCUUUAGUUAUAACAUCUCCCUGAUCCAUGAUCCCCUCUCCCACCAACCUAUCUCCCUGAUCCAUGAUCCCCUCUCCCACCAACCUAUCUCCCUGAUCCAUGAUCCCCUCUCCCACCAACCUAUCUCCCUGAUCCAUGAUCCCCUCCCCCUUUAUUAUGUAGGUAGUAGGCAGUAGGCCUUCAGUAGCCUUCAGUAGGCCUUCAGUAGACCUUCAGUAGGUCUUCAGUAGGUCUUCAAUAGGCCUUCAGUAGGUCUUCAGUAGGUCUUCAAUAGGCCUUCAGUAGGUCUUCAGUAGGUCUUCAAUAGGCCUUCAGUAGGUCUUCAGUAGGCCUUCAGUAGACCUUCAGUAGGCCUUCAGUAGGUCUUCAGUAGGUCUUCAGUAGGUCGUCAGUAGGCCUUCAGUAGGUCGUCAGUAGGCCUUCAGUAGGUCUUCAGUAGGUCUUCAGUAGGCCUUCAGUAGCCUUCAGUAGGUCGUCAGUAGGUCUUCAGUAGGCCUGAAGGUACCGCUACUUUAUAAAGUAAUAAUAUAAGGAAAAUAAUCAAAGAUUAAUUUUAGAGAAGAUGUUUUGAAGUGGAUGAAAUAUAAUUUUCUUGCUUUUCCAAAUGUGACUGAACAUGCUAGAUUAUCUCUCCUAUGAGUGUAAAGGUCUGAACCACCUUCCCAGAAACACACCCUGCCUGUCAUCAUCACCGUCAGGGCGACAAUACACCCUGUCUGUCAUCAUCACCGUCAGGGCGACAAUACACCCUGUCUGUCAUCAUCACCGUCAGGGGGAAAACACACCCUGCCUGUCAUCAUCACCGUCAGGGGGAAAACACACCCUGCCUGUCAUCAUCACCGUCAGGACGACAAUACACCCUGUCUGUCAUCAUCACCGUCAGGGGGAAAACACACCCUGUCUGUCAUCAUCACCUUCAGGGGGAAGAUUAAUGAAGGAAUGAAGUGAUAAUGCCCCGCCAACAUUGCCCUGCUCCAAUAGGCCAACAUUGCCCUGCUCCAAUAGGCCAACAUUGCCCUGCUCCAAUAGGCCAACAUUGCCCUGCUCCAAUAGGCCAACAUUGCCCUGCUCCAAUAGGCCAACAUUGCCCUGCUCCAAUAGGCCGACAUUGCCCUGCUCCAAUAGGCCAACAUUGCCCUCAUCCAAUAGGCCAACAUUGCCCUACUCCAAUAGGCCAACAUUGCCCUGCUCCAAUAGGCCAACAUUGCCCUGCUCCAAUAGGCCAACAUUGCCCUGCUCCAAUAGGCCAACAUUGCCCUCAUCCAAUAGGCCAACAUUGCCCUCAUCCAAUAGGUCAACAUUGCCCUCCUCCAAUAGGCCAACAUUGCCCUCCUCUAAUAGGCUACAACCACACUAAAAAUAUCUCAGAGAACGACUCGAACAACUGAUUAAUGUUAUCCCUCAUAGAGGCAGAUCAUUUGUCCAGAAAGUAUGAUAACCAACGCUGCCAAACACAGCAACCAGUGGCGCCCACAUAUUUAAUGACAAAGAUAUGUGAAAACAUCUGAGUUGGUAGAAAACAUGCCAAGUCAUGCCGGUUUUAUCUUGUUUUUCUAGAGAAGCAUUUAUUUUAUUUUUUGGGGGCAGAAGGCUCUUCCCCUUUAAGAAUCCCUUUGGCUAGCUCUCAGUGAUGAUGGCCCUAUAUGGGGAAGGCUCUUCCCCUUUAAGAAUCCCUUUGGCUAGCUCUCAGUGAUGAUGACCCUAUAUGGGGAAGGCUCUUCACCUUUAAGAAUCCCUUUGGCUAGCUCUCAGUGAUGAUGAGCCUAUAUGGGGAAGGCUCUUCACCUUUAAGAAUCCCUUUGGCUAGCUCUCAGUGAUGAUGGCCCUAUAUGGGGAAGGCUCUUCACCUUUAAGAAUCCCUUUGGCUAGCUCUCAGUGAUGAUGACCCUAUAUGGGGAAGGCUCUUCACCUUUAAGAAUCCCUUUGGCUAGCUCUCAGUGAUGAUGACCCUAUAUGGGGAAGGCUCUUCACCUUUAAGAAUCCCUUUGGCUAGCUCUCAGUGAUGAUGACCCUAUAUGGGGAAGGCUCUUCACCUUUAAGAAUCCCUUUGGCUAGCUCUCAGUGAUGAUGGCCCUAUAUGGGGAAGGCUCUUCACCUUUAAGAAUCCCUUUGGCUAGCUCUCAGUGAUGAUGGCCCUAUAUGGGGAAGGCUCUUCACCUUUAAGAAUCCCUUUGGCUAGCUCUCAGUGAUGAUGACCCUAUAUGGGGAAGGCUCUUCACCUUUAAGAAUCCCUUUGGCUAGCUCUCAGUGAUGAUGGCCCUAUAUGGGGAAGGCUCUUCACCUUUAAGAAUCCCUUUGGCUAGCUCUCAGUGAUGAUGACCCUAUAUGGGGAAGGCUCUUCACCUUUAAGAAUCCCUUUGGCUAGCUCUCAGUGAUGAUGACCCUAUAUGGGGAAGGCUCUUCACCUUUAAGAAUCCCUUUGGCUAGCUCUCAGUGAUGAUGACCCUAUAUGGGGAAGGCUCUUCACCUUUAAGAAUCCCUUUGGCUAGCUCUCAGUGAUGAUGACCCUAUAUGGGGAAGGCUCUUCACCUUUAAGAAUCCCUUUGGCUAGCUCUCAGUGAUGAUGACCCUAUAUGGGGAAGGCUCUUCACCUUUAAGAAUCCCUUUGGCUAGCUCUCAGUGAUGAUGACCCUAUAUGGGGAAGGCUCUUCACCUUUAAGAAUCCCUUUGGCUAGCUCUCAGUGAUGAUGACCCUAUAUGGGGAAGGCUCUUCACCUUUAAGAAUCCCUUUGGCUAGCUCUCAGUGAUGAUGACCCUAUAUGGGGAAGGCUCUUCACCUUUAAGAAUCCCUUUGGCUAGCUCUCAGUGAUGAUGACCCUAUAUGGGGGAAAAACCCAACUGUAAAAGCUGCUCUUGAAAACAGGUCAUUACCAGUAUUUGACUCAUGAUGAUUUUCCUUCCUUCAACUGUCUUCCUUCCAGUAUUUGUUUUAAGAAGUCUCCAUGGUAACAAUAUGCCACACAUUACUGAUAUGUAUUUUUUUGUUGUUGUUGAAGAAAACCAAUAUAUUUUCUCUCUGUUAGAGAUGCAUGGUAAUAACCACCCUGACAUAUGUGAAUAGCAAACAAAAAUGACAACGACGACAUUGAGGAAAACGUGUAAGAGAGUGUUAUUGCAGUGUACAAAAUAUCUCAUCAAAAAUGAAUAUUAUUAUUGCUGUUAUCCCAGUAAGGUGUACAAAGUGAUGAUGUUUAAUGUCUGGCAGGUUUACAUUUGUGUGUAUCUGACAUUUUAUUGCUCAAAAAAGGAUGAAUUAUUAGCUUUGCCCUGUAGCUUUUCUCCUCUGUAUUCAUUCUUGAUCUUGAUCUUUACCUUGAUCUUUACCUACUUGAGUUAGUAGCAGAAACUUGGAUUGUGGAUUUUGACAAAUGUUUUAGUAGGCUGUUAGUGGAAUAAUAAUGAAAUAGCAGUCAACAUAGAUAACAUUGAUAGACUCUCCAGUUUCAAUUCAUUCUCUAGUGUCUCAGUAUGAAACCCAACCUGACCCUAAGUAAACGAAGCGAUCCGAUUUUACAUGUCCUUUUCCCUUCAUAUUCACUAGCCUUUUGAAAACUUAAGCCCAAAGUUAUAAAACUAUAACAGGUUCUCUUAUUUGUGUCUCGUGAGUUAUGUUUGUAGGAUGGACAACGUUAAAAAAUAGAUUCUGCCCGGAGAUACAAGGACUAAACUUUACGGUAUGAAGAUCAUCCUCUUGGUUUGCAACUUGUCUCAAAACCCCUUGACUUUUGUCUGUUUGAGUACUGAGCCCAGUCCACAGGCAUCUAUUAGUGUAUACGUAGUUUCAAGUAUAAGUCAAGUAGAAAUUUAAAAAAUACAGAAAUAAAACAUAUGGCUGCUUUUAGCUACGGUUGCCCAGCAACUGUAGAGCACUAGAACAUUUCAGUAGUAGCGAUUUGAAGUGUUUCCCUUCCUCGCCUGUACUCCUCCUCACUCAGCUGCUUCCUAGAUUCAAGACAAAAGGGUCUAACUAAAAAUGACAAUAUCCAGAACAGACAAGUCACCAGCCUGCUCUUUGACAUUCAAAGCAUGGGACGCCUGACUGGGAUAUUUCUUUGUCGUUUUUUAUUUUGAUGUUGUCAUAUGCUAUAUAUUCUUUCUGUUUGUUAAAACAGGACCUCGAAACAACACAACACAUCACCUCAUUUUUUUUUUCAAUUUUUCUUACCAAAACCCAGAGAGAGGAAACUAAAUCUUGCACAAUUGCUCAUUAAAAUCCAUGUUGUAUCACUUGGAUUUAAGUUCAUGUUUGUUUGGUUGUUACAGAUAGUGCCACUGCCAACCAAUGCUUGUGAGGUAAUAAGUGCAGGUGUGUUCGAGUUGACACUAAGCCGUCUAUUCCUGGAAAAUCAUCCUCUAGACUGAUACAUUGUCUAAACUAUGAACAUGUAAUGAUUGAUCAUGAUACAUGCGAUUCUUACAUUUGAAAGAGUUUGACUGUUUCUUACAGAGGAAGUUGGAUAUAAAUAUUGGUAUAAAUGUAAAAAAAAAAAGAAAAACAAAAGAAGGUUAUGUCUUAAACAUAGCCUUUUUAUAUCAAGUAUACAUUUUAAAAGACUGUGGCUAUGUUCAAUUCCAGACACAAAUGUAGCAUUUAUCUUUUUAUUCAUUUAUUGAUAAAACAAAUGAAAAGUUAUUAGUAUUGAGUUUUGUCCUCUCUGGGUUUCUGUGAGCUAAUCUGAAUUCUAGCACUUUCAACCUUUUAAAAAAAGUUAUUUUUUCUUUUAACAUUUCAGCUUUAUAUGUUGAUAUGUUUUUUUCAUUUGUAUUUGAUCCUGUAUAUGUAUGUGCCAUUAGUUUUAUGUGUAGAUUUGAUCAACCUUUGUGUAUUUUUCUCCAAAAGAAUAACAGUAUUUUUGCUAAGACUUUUCACUAAUACCUUCUUUCAUGUGCCCCCACUCCCCUCUCAGCCCGUUGGGUAACCAGCGUUCAUGUGUCCCCCCUCCCCUCUCAGCCCGUUGGGUAACCAGCGUUCAUGUGUCCCCACCCCCCUCUCAGUAACCAGCGUUGCCUUCUCUAUUGAAAUUGUAUCUAACCCAACAACAAAUAUAUUCUACAACCAAGUAUCUGUAACAGAGAGCAUGGUGAACAUUAUACGUCGUCGUCCCUAGGACAUCACAUUCACAAUCUGGAAUAGAAGGACGACCAGAUCGACCUCUUCUUCAAGGUAAAAAAACAAACAAAGAGCAGGUCCUGUUCUCCGACAGAUGUGACACAGUUCCAUCCAACAGCACAUUAUCUGGGGAACCCAGUUCUAAAGCACUUUUAUCUUUUAUUCAGCCCUCAUGUUCAUAACCACUGACUGAUACAUGACUGAAAAGGGUUGUACUACUGCCUAGUAGCUAGAAAACACAUGUUGCUUCUAGACAGAUUCAGGCAGUCUUUGAAAUUAAUAUUGUACAACACUCUAUAUUAACAUGAUGUGCCAAGACAGGGCUUGUUAUAGAGAAGGUAAGUAAGUCUCCAUCUGCCCCAGUUUACAGUAGACUUCACCUCACACAUAAUUUACAGUAGACUUCACCCCACACAUAACAGUUUACAGUAGGCUUCACCUCACACAUAACCGUUUACAGUAGACUUCACCCCACACAUAACAGUUUACAGUAGGCUUCACCUCACACAUAACUGUUUACAGUAGACUUCACCUCACACAUAACCGUUUACAGUAGACUUCACCUCACACAUAACCGUUUACAGUAGACUUCACCUCACACAUAACCGUUUACAGUAGACUUCACCUCACACAUAACCGUUUACAGUAGACUUCACCUCACACAUAACCGUUUACAGUAGACUUCACCUCACACAUAACCGUUUACAGUAGACUUCACCUCACACAUAAGUUUACAGUAGACUUCACCUCACACAUAACCGUUUACAGUAGACUUCACCUCACACAUAAGUUUACAGUAGACUUCACCUCACACAUAACCGUUUACAGUAGACUUCACCUCACACAUAACCGUUUACAGUAACAGGUGAUAGAAAUGCUAAUAAUUAAUUAGCGGAAGAAAACUAAAACUAAAGUACUUGUUGGAGGCAGCUUUAAAUGCUACGUUUUGCAGAGCUAACCUUGGGAAGUGGCCUUUUCAGGAGUAAUUUAGCAGUACUUCAGUAUCAUCAGGAUGACCUAAUCAUGAGUCCAUCCCACUCGUUUUUGGAGAGAUACCUCUGCUCUACCCCUGAGAAGGCCUACCUCUGACAGUGGUGUUAUGAUUCAAAGCAUCAGAUAGGUCUUUGGCAUUGUUAAUGAAAGGUUGUGGAAGUAAUAUAUCGCCUUCAGUUCUGACUGAGUGCGGAGCGGAUGUUUUCGCUACAAUGCCUUGUUGGUUCAUUACCUCGCCUGCACCUACUAGAGAUGCACUUGUCCUCACCGUUCCUCUGUUAGUAGGUGAACAACACAGAAUUUAAGGGAAUUAUUUGAUCAAUUUUAAGUCAGAAAACCGAUUUGGAUUUCAUGAAUGCUUUUUUUUUUUUUUGUUCUAGUGAGAAACUGGUUACUGUCUGGUGAAAUGACAGAAUCCACAUGUAGUUUUAUAUAUAUAUAUUUUUAGCUUAAUGUAAGUCUUGCAUUCUAAGCUUUUUGUGUAUCUUGUUUAGUGACAUAGACAUUCAUUUUUAGUACUUGCUUAUUACAGCCAACUCUGGAAAAAAAAGGUGAACAAAACAAAAAUGGAAUAUUUACUUUCAUCCUUACACUAUUUUACAUUUUAUCAACUAUAUUCUUCAGAGAAAAAAAAAAACUUAGCUUUUUUUUGUUUUGUUUGUUACAUAUCUCACAUGCAAUCAGUUGCUGCAAUGUAAAGUGACAGAUUUGUAUAUUGGUUGAUCCAAAGAGAUGACAUAAACAGCAAACCUCUUUUACUUAUUGUACAGUACAUUGUAUCUUUGACUUGUCAUGUGUUAUGUUGAAAUUAUUAAAAGACAAAAUCACGGUU